AUGGUGGCGGGCCCGGGGCUCGGGGCGGUGCGGCAGCGCCAGAUGCAGACGCAUGCCAGCACACGGCAGCGCGGCGCCGAGUUCGCGGACACGUACGAGAAGCGGGACGCGGGGGUGUCGGACCUGCGACAGAAGCGCAGAGGGGACGUCGCGCGGGCCAUGAAGCGGUCGUGGGCCGCGCUGCAGAGACAGAAGAAGCGGAUAGCGCGGACGAUAGCGGCGGUUUUGGUCAUCCUAGGCCUCGGAAUGGUGGCGGUGACCGUUGUCGGAGCCAUCUUUCUCGAACGGGCGGAGCUUUGUCGGUUCCCGCAGUUCUCCCUGACGGAGACGUUCAUAUAUAACAUCGACCUCGCGUCUACAGGGAUAUUCGUCGGCAACACGACCCAGCAGAUCGGCUCCAACCAAGGGCUGUUCACGUCCAGCAAGAACCUCGAGGUCCGCGGUCCGCGCCUCCGCGAGAUCAAGCUCACGUCGGGGUACGGCACGUACACCGUCCGCGCGCACCCGGACCCCGCCGCGACGCGCGUCGAGUUCGAGGUGACUAACCGCGCGCGCGACCGCAGCAAGCUGACGGCCAUCACCGACAUGGAGCUCACGCCGGUCCAGGUGAUCACGGGCGUGGGCAAGUUCAACCGCACGGAGACCUGGUACGACCUCCUGCUCGAGUCGAAGACCAACAACAAGAACGACGGCCAGCUGGCGUGCACGCGCGCCGACGUGGUCGUGCUCGUCCCCGCCGCGUGCCUCCUCGACGAGACCCUCCUCACCAUCGAGGCGCCCAAGGCGCACGUCACGGUGGAGGAGUCGAUGUUCGACGCGAGCCUGAAGGAGGUGUCCGUCCUGAACGACAUCGGGGACAUCACCGUGGGAGGUCUGUCGGCGCAACGGAUCAACCUCAACACCUCGACGGGGCUGAUCGAGGCCUCGAAGCUGUCGGCGCACGUGGUGUUCCUCCAGGGGCGCGCGGACGGCGCGAUCAUCCGCGCGUCGGACGUGGCGCUGUUCUCCUCGGACGGCAACUGCCAGCUGCGCUCGGUGUUCACCGAGGGGUUCCCGCGCGAGGAGGCGUACCGCAAGGACGUGCUCGUCUGCGAGCUCGUCGCGGGGGAGAUCACCGUGGACUCGGAGGGCGCCGAGAACGGCGGCGACCCGGCGGUGAUCCUCGACGACGUCAAGGGGGGGUCUAUCAGGACGUCCGUGCGCGUGGGGACGACCGUCGUGCGCACGCAGGCGUGCAUCGGGUUCGUCGGUGCCUUCAGGCUCGCGACCGCGUCGGGCACGCCCGCGGUGAACGUCAUCGGCGGCCCGCGCAACGCCCUCCUCAUCCUGCCCAACACCAACCAGACCGAACUCAAGCCGCUCCCGGGCACCGUCGAGGAGCAAGAGUUCUACGACGAGAAGCGCGCGGCGUUCCCGCAGUACCCGUGGCCGAACCCGUGGCUCGUCGCCACCCCGGAGCUCCCCGGCACCACUGGUCUCAUCUGCCAGAACUUCACCGGGUUCGCGCUCGAACAGGCGCAGGCGCGCAGGUUGGAGAUGGAGGCGCUGCACGUGGGGGACGUGGUGCUGGACAUCACGGAGCCGUUCCUGGGGGUGUUUGACUUCGACGACGUAUGA